GUAUCUUAUUGGCAGUCCACGCCAGUUUCUUUCAUAUCCUUCUGUAUUUUACUGGAUGUCAGUACUCUAAUAGCCAAUGGGGUCAUGAUUUUCCUCAUUUACACUGACUCCCGCCUCCACACCCCCAUGUAUUUCCUCCUCAGUCACCUCUCCUUCAUUGACAUGAUGUAUAUCACCACCAUUGUGCCUAAGAUGUUAAUUGAUUAUAUUCUGGGUCAAAGAACCAUCUCAUUUGCAGGGUGCACUGUUCAGAACUUCCUCUACAUCAUUCUUUUGGGGACUGAAUUUUUUUUAUUGGGUCUCAUGGCCUAUGACCGAUAUGUGGCUGUCUGCAACCCUUUGAGAUAUCCCAUUCUCAUGAGCCGCCGAGUCUGUUGGAUAAUCGUAACAGGUUCCUGGUUUGGAGGCUCAUUGGAUGGCUUCAUUCUAACCCCCAUCACCAUGAGCUUCCCCUUCUGUAAUUCCCAUGAAAUUAACCAUUUCUUCUGUGAGUUGCCUGCAGUCCUGAAACUGGCCUGUGCAGACAUAGCUCUCUAUGAUACAAUCAUGUAUGUGUGCUGUGUUUUGAUGCUCCUGAUCCCUUUUUCUAUGGUGAUUGUCUCCUAUGCCCAAAUACUGACCACAGUUUAUCGUAUGAAUUCAGUGGAAGGGAAAAAAAAGGCACUCACCACCUGUUCAUCUCAUAUCACAGUGGUGACCUUGUUCUAUGGAGCCGCAAUGUACAUGUACAUGGUACCACACUCUUACCACAAACCAUUAGAGGACAUAAUUUUCUCCAUGUUUUACACCAUUCUCACACCCAUGUUGAACCCACUCAUCUAUAGUCUGAGGAACAAGGAUGUGACUGGAGCUCUAAGAAGGACACUGAACAGGUUCAAAAGUACUCAAAGAGUAUCAGGGGAUGAUUUGUGA